UCCGGCGGCUUCACUGUUAGCUCGUUGACAAUAAUCACAAUAUGGCUAAUACGACGGACAGCUGGACGUUUUAAAUGCCGAUAGCGAGAGUUGCAAUUUAACACGAGAUGCGCGUUACGUCAAGAUGAAUUGAAGUUGUUUGUGAACAUACAACCCUUGAGGAAUAUUCCAGAUUAAAAGGGGAAGCAGAGGAGAAAAAUUGCCAAUGGUCAUCAUCACAAACUCAUUUUGAGUGCGAGGAGAUCGAUAUGGCGCUCAGAGAGUUAAAAGUGUGUCUCCUGGGGGACACUGGCGUUGGAAAGUCGAGUAUUGUUUGGAGAUUUGUGGAAGACAGCUUUGACCCAAACAUCAUCCCAACUAUUGGGGCGUCCUUCAUGACCAAGACAGUGCAAUACCAAAACGAGCUGCACAAGUUCCUGAUCUGGGACACGGCAGGACAGGAGAGGUUUCGGGCUCUUGCACCAAUGUACUACAGAGGGUCAGCGGCGGCCAUCAUUGUUUACGACAUCACUAAAGAGGAAUCCUUCCAAACACUGAAGAACUGGGUGAAGGAGCUGCGCCAGCACGGUCCUCCGAAUAUAGUGGUCGCCAUCGCUGGCAACAAAUGUGACCUGUCAGACGCCAGGGAAGUGCCAGAGAAGGAUGCCAAGGACUAUGCUGACUCCAUCCAUGCCGUCUUUGUCGAAUCCAGUGCCAAGAACGCCAUUAACAUCAACGAGGUGUUUAUAGAGAUAAGUAAGCGCAUCCCUCUAGCCGACGCAGCGGGAGGAAAUCCAGGGAAAGCGUUCAAACUGGGACGUCAGGCCUCAGAGUCUCGCCGGACGUGCUGCUGAUGAUCCCGGCGACUGCCCUCACAUGACCUGUGACCCGACCUUUGCUUACCCUCCGUGUCCCCGGCCCGCUUCAGCUUUCAGCCACCGCACGCAUGCCGACACUGACACCGGGGACGCAGAAGUGCCACUCGGAUGACAAGAGCAAAUGCAUUUUAGCGGCACUUGACAACACAACAUCGUCGUGUGUCGUCAGACAGUUGCUGGCUGGAGAAAAAACGUCUCCGUUUUCUGAGCAUUGCCUGCAUUAAAUCACUGAUGUGUAAGUGAAGAGACCUCCAUACUUAUACAUUUACUGACUUAUAUCAUGGGCAUCGACCUCUGUUUGGUGUAUUAUAGCCCCGAGUUCAUGAGAGGAACUUUACGGAUACAGAUUUCUGAAUUAUGAAAUCCUUUGUACUUGUAAAUGUGUAAAAAACGAUAAUCUUUCAACCAAGACAUGGCCUGAAAACGGUAACAUUUCACCAAAUUAUUUUGACAUCACUGCAGUUAUCGCUUUUUGCUUCAUGGUAGAUCUCUUCCCAAACAACUUUGUGGAGGAUCUAUCAAUACUGUUACCUUUUGUAUAAUCACUAAUUUAUUAUUGAUGAAAAAGGUUAAGAGUAUUCAUCAUCAGUGGUUGGACCAAUCAGUCUCAAUUGUGUAUUUUUUUUAAAGGAUAUUUGAAGGAAUGUUGCAGAUUCAGUCAAGCAUGACAGAUUGUGCAUGCUUGAUAUCAGUUUUAUUGUGUUAUUGAUGUUUUCAUCAAGAUGCCUUUCAAGGCAAAAGGCCGAGUGGGUGUUUUGAAGUUAAUUGCAAUCCCAGAAAUGACAGGUGUGUGGGAGUCUACUUCCUUUCCAUUAAAAUUAUAACUUGAAUGAGAAUAUCAAUACUAAUCUCAUGUUUGUAUGCUAAAUAUAAAGCUGCAGCCAGUUAGCUUAGCUUAGCAUAAAGACUGAAAACGCAGGGCUAUGGCAAAGGUAACAAAAUCCGACUAAAGCUCACUAACAUGUUAUAUCUGACAGCCCGGUGUUUACCCAUUUCCAGAAUGUAUGCUAAGCUAACCAGCUGCUCGCUGUUGCCCAAUAUAUUUAAUAGACAGAUAUGAAAAUAGUAUCUUCUAUCUCUGCCAGAAAUUGAAUAGGCAUAUUCCCUAAAACAAACAAACAAUGCCACUGAGAAUUUUAACAACUUGUUGUCAAAUCUAAUCUUUCUUUAAGAGAUAAGAGCACCAUAAAUGUAUUAGUAUAUGGAAAAAGUUCUGGCUGCCAGUCUAUGCUCCACACACUUGUAAUUCCUGUAAAGGUAAUAGCUGAAGCCCAAGUAUGACUGUACGACACGCAGUAUACUUCUUCCACAAUAUCACUUUAGCUCUAUUUUCCUCUAAUCUUACUUAAACUGGCGAGUCUGCCUGUCCUCAAUCCGUUGCUUUUCCUUCAGUGUUACAGAUUGUUGUGAGGUUUUGCCAAUUUCUGUAAUUGUCCCAUAAACAUUUUUUAUCUUUCCUUUUUUUGUGUGUGCGCACAUAAUCAGCAGCGACUCGCGCAUGCAAUGUUGUUUUACUACUUGGCCGGAGAUGAAAACAGUGAGAUCUGGAAAUUAGGACCUCGUUCAGAGGAAACUUGGAGGUCGUAGGUGCCGAAUCAGACGUGGCGCUGUGGCGACAUGCUGACCCCUUAAUGAACCUUCGUCUCCAUUCUGCUCCGAAUUACUGUAUGUGCGUUGUUCCAAGGUCUGCCUUCUGAUUUUCCUUUCUCCCAACUUCUUUUGCCUCAUUCCUCUAAAUUACAGGCACUUAUCGUGGAUCCAGCUUUCAUUUCGUUUCAAACAAAUGUGGGUCACUGUACAGGAGAUUUCCCAGAGCUUUAUUAGCCUCUUUUACAUUCAUUACUACGCUGUGAUCCUUAGUGCUAUGUUAAAGAAGUUUAAUUUAACUCCUAUAUUGUCCUGAAUGAGUCUCAGUUUGACUCAUGAGCCACAUACCUAUUAAUGUUUUUUUAAUUCCAUGCUUGUCUGUAUCUCUUGAGCCCUUUUAGUCCCAAAAGCUCUUUUCAGUUGCCAAAAAAAAUAGAGAUGUAGACUGCAUCUCAAGGUUUAGAAAUGUGGAUUGUGUGCUCUUCUGUGCACAAAGGCCACUUAAUUUGCCUCUAUGCAUCUUAAAUGUAGCUGGUAUUGUGUGGGAAGCUGUGCUGCCUAUAUCUUCAGGAUUCUCUUAUGGCGUGCAAUAAGUGUUAUUAUGACAUAGGUAGAAAUGUGACUUGCAUCAAGAAAACAGUCACAGAGAGAUACUAUUCACACAGGAGAGCACACACUCGGGCUAAAUUGCGAUGUCAUUCCUGCAGUCUCAAACGGAUAAUGGCAGGUUUAUAUUUACCUCAUUUAAUGCUGUUUUGCUGAGGCCGACCAAAUCCCUCGUGAACCAGAGUGGCUUUCUAGGUCAAAACUUAAACUAAAAGGGAAUCACUCUGGUACUUUGAAAACUGCACUUUGACUGACUGUUUGUAAUUUGUCCUAACUAUUAAUCUGUCUUCUGGUAUUAUCUGCGUGAAAUCACUUGAUGAAAGAUUCUUGUAACGGUGUCCGACUUCUUAACACUCAUAUGUUAUUUUAAGUUUUUUUUAAAUUUGCUACAUUCUCUUAUUGCUUUAAAGAAAUGGUGCCAAAUAAUGUCUUUGCCAUUUUACCACACCAGACAUAAUAAACUUUUUUUUUUAUUACAUUUUUUUUCUUGUCAAUGUUAAUAUAAUGAUUUAAAGUGCUUAACACUAUCAUGCUUAACGUUAUUUGACGUUUGAUAAUGGCUAAUGGUUUCCCCUUAUUCUUUAACAGGAGGCAAAAUAUCAAUAGUCUUGGGCUGGCCCUGGGAAUGUGAUUAAUCUAUAUUCUGUAUAUUUUUCAGUGUAGAUAUAUACCAUCAAAGUGCACAUAAAUCAAUGACUAUAUUCUACUCUUAGCCUGUUAUGUGACCACAAUAGACUUAUCCACGGUUUGAAGUAAUUCCGUCAGCAUUGUAGUUACCAUAUAUAGCUUUUUACUAUGUUUCAUAUUGAUUGUAACAAAAUGCCUGAAAAAAAACUUGUUUGCAGUGUAUUCACAAAUGUGUAAAAAGGGAAUUGUCAAUUUGUUUACUAAUAAAAGAUUGACAAACAUAUUU